UGGAGAGAUGUUUUGGGUGUUCCAUACGUAAGGCAGUUAUGCGACGGUGGUGUAGUACAGCAUGUUUAGUCCUAGGACCUUGUUUCUCGUAGUUUCCCACCAAACCCAGAGUGAGGACUCCUUUCUUACCUUUAAUGCUUAGUUGUCUGGAGAAAGGUGUCCUGGUGUAUCGCCAGUUGUUGCGUUAACUUCCCACAAAUGUAACGGGACUGUGUUCAGCCAGGGGAAUGAAGCACUUGAGUGUCGAAAUCAGUGUAGUUACUACAGGAACUAGAGCACUGCCAUUACUGAGCUGACGUGCACGUUCUGGUUGGUUUAGCUUUUUCAGCAAGAACUACAAAGCUCAGAACCACUAACUUUGUCUUUAUGCUUGGGGAGGGAGGAGAAGGGAGUUGCUGUCCCGGAAUAAAAACCAGAACAGCUUUUACCAGAAUAGUUGAAAAUUACAUUUGGAAAGUUGUACCACUCAGCUUCCUUCCAAAAAGAACCCAACGCGCUUCUGUUUGCUUGUUGUUGUUCAGGGGGUUUCAGUGAGCCACACGACGGCAAUUAAAUGUGUGACCUGAGCAACAUGGGUUCCACAUUCUGUCUUUAGUAGAAUGAGCACUUUGGUAGAGGAUCUAGUGCUAGAGGCUUCCAGAGAGAAAAGAGUAGCAACAAGCUCCGUAGAUCUACUUAGAAUAUUUUUCUAGAGUUCAAGAUAAUAUAGUGCGAUUCAAAACUGAACUGAAGUCAUUGUGGAAUAAGGUGAUUCAAAGUUACUUUAAUUUUCUUAAACUUUCUGUAAGACAACAGCAUAGCAAGUCCAGGGAGGGCUGGAAGACGUUUCCCUCUCGGAGAAAUUAGAGCAGAACUAGUUUUGCAUAAAGCUUGGUUUGUUCGUUUGAAGAAGCAGAAAUGUUUUCUUAGUUUUCUUUUGCUGUGAGUCAUAUAAGAACUGAAUUAGUUCUGGAGAAGAUCCCACGGGGGACAGCUCUGCUCUAAUUAUGGCGGGAGCUACUUCCAUGUGGGCUUCCUGCUGUGGACUGCUGAAUGAAGUCAUGGGUACUGGAGCUGUCCGUGGCCAACAGUCUGGCUUUGCGGGAGGCGCUGGCCCCUUCAGGUUUGCACCAAAUACAGACUUCUCGGCAUACCCGUCUCCAGCUGCAGCAGGUGCUAACAUAGUUUGCAAAGCCUGUGGACUUUCCUUUUCAGUUUUUAGGAAAAAACACGUGUGUUGUGACUGCAAGAAGGAUUUUUGCUCGGUUUGUUCAGUCUCGCAAGAGAAUCUCAGAAGGUGUUCCACUUGUCACUUGCUGCAAGAAACAGCGUUUCAGCGACCUCAGUUAAUGCGACUCAAAGUAAAGGAUCUGCGUCAGUACCUUAUUCUCAGAAACAUACCCACAGAUACGUGCAGAGAGAAAGAAGACUUGGUGGAUCUUGUGCUGUGCCAUCAUGGGUUAGGUCCUGAGGGGGAUACGGACGCUGGUAGCUUGCGCUCAUCACGGUCACAGACUUCUGGGUUUUUUACUCAUCCAUUUUCUAUGUCUGUAUCGGUGUCAUCUCAAGGAGAACUUGCAAACAGAAGGGGAAGCACAGGAAAUGGAACACCUGUAAGGGGACAAACUGAAACAUCUUCUAUAAAUAACGAAGAAGAAGAAAGUGCUGAGGAGCAGACUCCUGGGUUAUCCAGAAAACGAGUAAGGGCAUCUUUGUCUGAUAUUUCAAGUCUGGAAGACAUUGAAGGCUUGACUGUUCGGCAGUUGAAGGAAAUACUCGCGUGUAACUUUGUCAACUACUCAGGAUGCUGUGAGAAAUGGGAACUUGUGGAAAAAGUGAGCAGGCUAUACAGAGAGAGUGAGGAAAACCACAAGACACAGGGUGAGAAGAUGCAGCUGAAUGAUAACGAUGACAACUUGUGCCGGAUCUGCAUGGAUGCAGUGAUCGACUGCGUCCUGCUGGAGUGUGGCCACAUGGUCACGUGCACAAAGUGCGGCAAGAGAAUGAGCGAGUGCCCCAUCUGCCGACAGUACGUUGUGCGGGCUGUGCAUGUGUUCAAAUCGUAAAUGAAGACCAAAAGUGGAUGGUAUGGUCAUCCCACCUGGAUUUCUGGGGGCAGGAAUGCUGACCCUUGGGGCGUAUGUCAGCUUUUUAGUUCUCAAAAUAACCACAACAGUCUGAACAUCAGGAUACAGAAGUUUAUGAACCACUUUUCUACAGCAUACUGAAUCAUGGUUGGGCAGGACCAGCCAAUGCCUGUGUGUACAGUAACAGAGCUGCCUGACUUACCUUCUAAACCCACAAACUGUCCGAGUCAAACUGUUUACAGCAGUUCUUGCUCUCUUCUGAAGAAUACCACUCCUAGUUAUCGCAUUCAGUACUCAGCAAGUGGUCACAGAAAACACCUUUGCUUGACCAAAUUAGUGUUAGGUUGUCUAGCCUGUUAAAAGCAACAACUUUAUCAGUUGAAUAUUCAGCUCUUAUGUAAUUAAAUAUAGAAUGUAACUGUUCCGGCACUGUUCUUGCAACAGUGGUAACAGUAUAAAGAUUGUAGGAAGCACUGCCAUUAAUUGUACCCGCACAGAAGUCCUUAAGCAAUCUAUUUUCUGGUGAUUGCUUUGCUCAGAAUGUCUGACAUUACCAGCGUAUUGUCUUGGCCAUUCUUUGUAAGCGUGCGAAAAGCUGUCACUAUGUAGGGCUCUAUCAUGUGGUGUCCAAAUACUGUUGUUUUUUUUUUUUUUUAGUUUAGGAAUAAAGUAUUUUUUUAAAAAGGGGGGGGGUAGAGUAAACCGUAUUCUUGUGGUUCUUAAUCCAUUCAUGCCUAUUGUAACUAUUAACUUACACGUGAUGAUUGUAUUUCAUGUGCCGACAAGCUGAUAUUACUGUGAAUACUGAUCAGGGUCAUGAAACUACUUGCUGCUAACAUGUGGAAUGUAUGGUAUUGCUAACCUUAAACGGGAAGGGUUUUAUUAAGGAUAGGGGGAAGGAAGCCUGGUGUUUGUUUAAAACCUCACACUCAUGGACUUUACCCAAGGCUGCGGCACCAUUAACCACGCUUCCGAUCAGCUGCUGACUGACCUGUGUUGCUGUCAGCCCUUGGCCCGGGUUCUAGCAGGACCCCGUGCCAUCACGGUGGGGUAAGUGUGUUCUUGGAGCAAACAUUUUAGUGGUGCCUGUGGGAUAUCUGUGACAGCCUUCUUAGGGAAAAUAGCUGCAAAAAAAUCACUUGAAUUGUGGGGACAGGAUACCUAAGCAUGGCCAUGCUGGCACUUAACAGACUAAGUUCAUGGUCCAGAAAAGCUGAGGAAGGAACCUAAAGCCACACUUUCGUCUUUAAAUUUCCCCCAUGCUAGCAAAGUAAUGGAUACGAAGAUGUUUUGCCAUGGAUAUAGUAUCUGAUAAUUCUUACCUCUACUACCUUGCCUGUCAUUCUUGCUCUUGUCUUUUACGUGGCUGGCUUGAAAAAGAGAAAGUAGCUCCUUCUUAAGAUAAAAUAUGCAGCUUAAAGACACUGCUGGUUAUUUUUCAGAAGGGAGCAAACCUCUCAAUGGCUUUAUUUUUUAGAAGUAACUUUUUAAUGAUACUUAAUUCCUGGAGUCUCUGUUCAAGGGGUAAGCUAAUGAAGACAGACUUAACAUAUAUGUUACUUCCAUGCUAAUCAUUAGCCACACAAGCUCAAUAAAGAUUUGUGAUGGGC